UCCUAGGGAAGGAAGAAGGAGAAAGCCAUGAAAAUUAGAAGAUCAGCGUCCUUUGAAUGACUUCAGGUAGCGAGGGGUAUGUGUUGGUGAGGGAGUGUGUGUUUGAGAGGGACUUGGCUCACCUCCAUCCGUGGGUCCCUCCUGUAGUAUCAGCGAGGGGAGGGGCCGGUGAAGAAGGGACAGAAAAAGAAAGAAACCUGAGCCGAGUGGGAGGAGGUUCAGAGGAACCCGGAGAAAUGAACUUCGUGCUGCACGGACUAAACUAGAGCCAGGAGAAGCAGGUCAGGGGAGGAGGGAGAGGGCAGCACAGCUCACGCAGCACAGCGCCCCACGCAGGGAGCCGGAAGACGCACUCCCUGGGUGCUGCUGCUUCUGAAAGUUUGGUCCCUGAACGAAAACAGUUUCCCCGGUGACUGCGAAUCCACUGCUAGCCGUCUCCUCCUCUUCUCCCCCAUCACUCCGGUGUGGUACCCAGAAGUUGACUUCUGGUUCUGUGUAAAGAGCUGGGGGAGGUAUGAUGGGCCCAAAGAUCCUGAGAAUAAGCCUGGUGAUUCUGGCCGGGUGGGCGCUCGGCACUGCCGGCUCUGAGCCGGGCUGGACACGCAAGAGGUCCCUGGCUCAGAGGGGACGCCUGAACCAGGUGCUGUCAGAAGGAGAACGCUGUUGGCUGGGGGCCAGGCCGCCAAGACCCAGAGCCGCUCCCCAGCAUCAUCUUUUUGGGGUCUACCCCAGCAGGCCUGGGGACUACCUGAGGCCCUACCCCGUGGGGGCGCAGGGAACCCGCCCCACGGGACGCAGUGAGCCAGCUGCCGCAGGGGCUGCGAGCCCAGCUGGAGGUGUGGGGCUGAGGGGCACAGCUGAGCAGCCAGCCGCCUCGUGGGACAGGGAUGGUCCCGCUGGGCGGUCUGAGCUGCGGGGAGACGAUGACACUUAUCUUGGUGAUGGAGGAUCCAAGGAGUCUCUAGGUGAGGCUGGGACUCGCGAACGCUCGGCCACGGCUGCCACGGCUGCUACCACCUUCGUGGGCCCAAAGGAACCCAAACCAGAGACCCAAAGCAAGGGCCGGGCCAAGACCAGGCGUCGUCGCCAGGUGGUGAAGGGGCAGGUAGGGGCCGUGCAGGGAGAGCCUGGUGUCUCUCCCCAGCGUCUCCGGCCGCGGCCGAAGCAUCCCCUUGUGCACGGGGUCAGAACGAGUCCGUCGGAGGACGGCAUCCAGAAGGGUGGAGGGGACCCCUCCUGGGAAGCAGAGUCCCAGGGAGGACUGCCUGUCUUGUAUUUCUCCGGGAGGCGGGGGCGGCUCCUGCUGCGUCCAGAAGUGCUGGCUGAGAUUCCCCGGGAGGCGUUCACAGUGGAAGCCUGGGUGAGACCGGAGGGAGGACAGAACAACCCAGCCAUCAUUGCAGGUGUGUUUGAUAACUGCUCCCACACUGUCAGUGACAAGGGCUGGGCCCUAGGGAUCCGCUCAGGGAAGGACACAGGAAGGCGAGACGCUCGCUUCUUCUUCUCCCUUCGCACCGACCGUGUGAAGAAAGCCACCAUUGUGACUGGCAACAGUCGCUACCAACCAGGCACAUGGACACACGUGGCAGCCACCUAUGACGGACAUCGUAUGGCUCUGUAUGUGGAUGGCACUCGGGUGGCCAGUAGCCCAGAGCAAUCUGGUCCCCUGAACAGCCCCUUCAUGGCAUCCUGUCGCUCUUUGCUUCUGGGGGGGGAUAGCUCUGAGGACGGCCGCUAUUUUCGUGGACACCUGGGCACCCUGGUCUUCUGGUCGACUGCCCUCCCGCAAAGCCAUCUCCAGCACAGUCCUCAGCGUCCAGCUGGAGUGGAAGAAUUGGCCUCCCUCAUCCUGACAGCCAGUUUUGAGCCCUUGGAAGAACAGUGGGCCCCCUUUAGAGAUGGGGAGUUCCCACGGCGUGAGGUUCUGCAUGGCUUUGAGCCUGAGCCUGAGAUUGUGUCACCUCUGAAGCCCCCACUCUGUGGACGGACGGCUUGUGACAACGUGGAACUGAUCUCCCACUACAACGGGCACCGGCCCCUCCAGGGAGAGAAGGUGAUCCGCUACCGAGUGGUAAACAUCUGUGACGAUGAGGGCCUGAACCCCACCGUGAGCGAGGAGCAGAUCAGCCGGCAGCACAAGGCGCUGAACCAUGCCUUCAGCCGCUACAACAUCAGCUGGCAGCUGAGCGUCCACCAGGUCCACAACUCCACCCUGCGCCACCGGGUUGUGCUUGUGAACUGCGAGCCCAGCAAGAUUGGCAAUGACCACUGUGACCCUGAGUGUGAGCACCCACUCACAGGCUAUGACGGGGGCGACUGCCGCCUACAUGGCCGGUGCUACUCCUGGAACCGCAGGGACGGGCUCUGCCACGUGGAGUGCAACAACAUGCUGAACGACUUUGACGACGGGGACUGCUGCGACCCCGAGGUGGCCGAUGUGCACAAGACCUGCUUUGACCCCGACUCACCCAAGAGGGCAUACAUGAGUGUGAAGGAGCUGAAGGAGGCACUGCAGCUCAACAGUACUCACUUCCUCAAUGUCUACUUUGCCAGCUCCGUGCGGGAAGACCUUGCAGGCGCUGCCACCUGGCCUUGGGACAAGGAAGCCAUCAGUCACCUGGGUGGCGUUGUCCUCAACCCAGCCUAUUAUGGCAUGCCUGGCCAUACCAACAUUAUGAUCCACGAGGUGGGGCAUGUCCUGGGACUCUACCAUGUCUUCAAAGGGGUCAGUGAGAGGGAAUCCUGUGAUGACCCCUGUAGGGAGACAGUGCCAUCCAUGGAUACGGGAGACCUCUGUGCCGACACCGCCCCUACUCCCAAGAGUAAGCUGUGCCAGGACCCAGAGCCUACCAACGAUACCUGUGGCUUCACCCACUUCCCGGGGGCUCCGUUCAGCAACUACAUGAGCUAUACAGAUGAUGACUGCACCGACAGCUUCACCCCUAACCAGGUGGCCCGGAUGCAUUGCUAUUUGGACCUUGUGUAUCAGCAGUGGAGUCAAAGCCGGAAGCCCACCCCCAUUCCCAUCCCACCCAUGGUCAUCGGGCAGACCCACACCUCCCUCACCAUCCACUGGCUUCCUCCAAUCAGUGGGGUUGUGCAUGACAGGUGA